GUGGCAGAGUUCAAUUAUCAGUUGACCUUGGAGGAAACAUGUACACCCCGAGGAGACUGCUGUACGUCUACUGUACACAAUCCUCUAGUUGUUGUACAUGUACAUGAGUGGAUGGUCGGGGUAGCUUUGAUUAUGCUAAGGAUGUGGAAGGUUAAUGUUGCUACAGUGUUUACUACCCAUGCUACUCUACUCGGCAGGUAUUUGUGUGCUGGGGCCCUGGACUUCUACAAUUACUUGGCGAACUUCAAUGUUGAUGUUGAAGCAGGGAAACGAAAAAUCUACCACAGAUACUGUUUAGAAAGAGCUGCUGCAAGCCUCGCCCAUGUUUUUAUAACUGUUAGCGAGAUUACUGGCGAAGAAGCUCAGCAUUUGAUAAAACGAAGACCUGACUUUAUAACCCCGAAUGGUUUGAAUGUUCUGCGCAUGUCCCAUGAGUUCCAAAAUCUGCAUCAGGUUUACAAGUUGAAAAUUCAGAAGUUUGUUCACGGUCACUUCUACGGGCAUAUAAACUUCAACCUGGAUAAAACCCUAUUCUUCUUCAUCGCAGGCCGAUAUGAGUUUGGGAACAAAGGAGGAGACAUUUUUAUUGAAGGAUUAGCUCGGCUCAACCACUACUUGAAAUCUUGUGGCAGCGACGUCACUGUGAUCGCGUUCAUCAUAUUUCCAGCGAAGAAUACAAGUUUUAAUGUGGAUGCACUGAGGGGACAUGCAAUCAAUAAAUCCCUCCAGGAGGCUGUGGCGGAUGUACAAGCUAAGAUUGGGAAGAAAAUGUAUGAAUCCUGCUGUCGAGGUGAAGCUCCAGUGCAAGAAUCCCUCCUGGAAACUAAUGAUUUAGUGAAAUUAAAGCGCGUGAUAUUAGCUUCCCAGAGAUCUGAAUGGCCUCCCAUUACCACACAUAAUCUGGUGGAAGCAGACAAGGACCCAGUUCUACUUGCGCUCAACAGAUGUCACCUGUUAAAUGCUCCAUCUGAUAGAGUAAAGGUUGUUUUCCAUCCUGACUUCUUGAAUUCAGAUAAUCCGCUUCUCGGACUCUCCUACGAUGAAUUCAUUAGAGGAUGCCAUUUAGGCUGUUUUCCCUCCUACUACGAGCCCUGGGGUUAUACUCCUGCGGAAUGCACUGUGAUGGGUAUCCCUAGUAUCACGUCUAAUCUAUCGGGGUUUGGAUGUUUUAUCCAGGAGUACGUAGCAGAUACCAAGGCCUACGGUGUCUACAUUAUAGAUAGGAAAAAACAGCGGAUUAUGCAGAGGAACCGAACGGAACGUCUUUCCGACCUUCUAGAUUGGAAAAGAUUGAACAAAUACUACACACAGUCUCGUGUUACUGCAUUAGCCAAGAACUAUACUGAAUACUUACCUGAAACCAUUGCUGAAGCUAGCUCAUCUUUUUAUAGGUUUCCUAAACCCGGAAGUUCAUUCUCCUUAUCCGUCCGCCGUAAAACUGAACCGGAAGAGGCGGAGUCUGAGGCGGAGAUUGAUCAAGACACUGAGGCGGAGAUUGAUCAAGAGAACGAGUUCGAGGAUGAAUUUUGACCAAGAGUUUUUAAAUCAAGGUUUGUAGACUGUCCUGAUUAUAGAUCAUUGACAAAGCUGGUUUUUUUUUUCUUUGUUUUCUUUCCUCUUUUUUUCUUCGCAUAAACUCGAACCACAAUUUUCGACCUUGUUCUCAUUUUUACUCCCUUUUAAACUAUUCUUCAAACAUACCUAUAUUUCUUGGCUUUUCUCACCGUGCUCCUCCUUCUUAUCUUGAUAUUUCAGAACAGUCUGGUAUUCAUUAUCAAACUAACCCUUUCUCCCUAUAAUUUCCCCUAUCUAAUAUAAUUUUAUCCCUCUUCUCGUUUCUAUAUUUCCUAAUUCCCUAUCUAAACACAAUCUCCCCAAAGUUCUCCUAGUCUGACAGAAAUAGCAUCAAAACUUUCUCAAAAUAUAUUUUGUUAAUUGAUUAAACUCGAAACAUUUUCAAAUUUUGCAAAUCAUUUCGAGAGAACACUAGAAUGGAAAAGUUAAAGUCAAAAGAAUUU